AUGGUGGCGAAGCUUCCGGGGAAUAAUCUCGUGAUGGGACAGGUGAAGAUAUUGAAGCCCGAGGAGUUGCUGGGGAAGAGUGAGGAUGAGAAGAAGGGGAAAAGGUGGUGGAUUUUGGAUUGGGACCGACGGAUCGUUGGGCCGGAGCUGGAGACGUUUCGGAAGGAGGUUAGGGUGGAGGAGUUUAAUAAAGCCGUGGAUGUGAUGUAUGCAGGUUCGGCGGUUUUCACCUGGUCCCCUUCGAGUUCGCUUCUUGUGUCGGCGUUUAAUUGUGUGAUUAGUGAGAAGGUGAAAGGAUCAGAGAUGAUGAUUUGGUAG